AUGGAAAGCAGUUUCAAUUAUGAUAGACUGACCCAUAAAUUGAGUAGGCUUUAUAAGUAAACAAAAGGAAAUGUUGGAAAACUUUCUACUUUCUAUUCUCUAUGUUAAUAUUGGGAAAUAGCUAAAGAAUGUAUAACUUACUAUUGUGAAUGUAGAAGAAAGAAAAAGUUAAGCUAAAAUGAAUUUAAAGAUCUUAUUGAGUAGAUUGAGAAUGACUCUUUGAUCAAUAUGAAUAACAUAUAGCAGAAAAAAUAACCAUAUUUUAAAAACUUGGCAACACAAACCAUAAAAAAUUAUUUAGAAGAGUUAAUAUAUCUUUAAAAUAUAAAUUGA